UAGGACUCGUUGGCCCCAACAAGAAGAGUAAAGAAAAGAAAAGACGUCGACGGAAGGAAGGAGCGCCGCCGCCGCUCCGGACCUCCCUAUAUUCAGGGAGGGAGGGAGGGAGGUCAGGUCGGGUCAGGAGACGCCAAUCUCCCUUCCUUCCUUCCUUGUUCAUUUGGCCUGGGACAAGUUGGAGUUGGUGUCAUUCACCGGGCUUGGCUGUCAUUUUGACAGCCAGCCCAGCCCGUUUCCGAUUCCAACUCCAUCUCCACAUCCACAGCCACAGGGCCAGCCAGGGUAGGAGGGAGAGGCAAAACAAAAACAAUCAAUCUGAUUUCUCCCCUCCAUGAUGGCUUCCUUCCACCGCCCCCUCUCUGCCAUGGCGGUUGCUGCCUUUGCUGCUGUCUCCUCCAUUGACCUGCCUGACAGGCUCUCUCACCACAAGCUUCCUGAGCCACCCGUCGAUGAUGUCUCGAUUCCAGCCACCACACCUGAUGUAUCAGCAUCAGCCAUGUCUCCAGCUCCUGCCAUGUCUCGCCUGCAAUUCUCGCCAUGCAAUCUGCAGAAUUUGCACCCGCCUGCCGCUGCAUCUUUGCCAGUCAUCCAGACGGUGUACCAUUAUGCAAAGUUUUCCAGACCCUCGGAAGAGGAGGCACUGACCACCGUGUCUUCUUCGUCGGAUGUUCUGUACCGCUGGCAUCUGCCGGACCCCAAGGUCUGUCGUGACUCAUGUGGUGGCAGGUCUCAGACAGUGGUGGUUUUGCUAGGCUGGUUGGGCUCCAGGCAGAAGCACCUCAAGAGAUAUGCCGAUUGGUAUACCUCCAUAGGUUUCCAUGCAGUCACCUUCACCCUCCCCAUGUCUGACAUUGUUAGCUACAAUGCUGGAGGGAAGGCUGAGAAGAAUGUAGAGAUGCUUGCACAGCACCUCGCUGAUUGGGUUAGCGAGGAGGAUGGGAAGAAGAUCGUUUUCCACACCUUCAGUAAUACUGGCUGGCUUUGCUACGGCGUAAUACUCGAGAAUUUACAGAGGCAGGAUCCUUCUGCAGUGGACAAAAUUAAGGGCUGUGUAGUUGACUCAGCGCCUGUUGCUGUCCCUGAUUCUCAGGUUUGGGCUUCAGGCUUCUCAGCUGCUAUUAUGAAAAAACACAGCAUAGCGGCAAAAGGACUAGGAUCAAACAAUGCAAGGCCGGACGUCCUAGUUGUGGAGUCUAACAAGGAUCAUCCCAAGCCAGCAGUAACCGAGGCCAUUCUACUGUCAGCGCUGGAGAAGCUGUUUGAUGUUGUUUUGAACUACCCAACCAUUAAUAGGAGGUUGUCAGGUGUGAUGGAGCUCUUGUCGUUGAAGCAGCCCAAGUGCCCGCAGCUGUACAUAUACAGCUCUGCCGACAGGGUAAUACCGGCCAAGUCGGUGGAGUCGUUUGUGGAGAGUCAACGGCGGGCCGGGCACGAGGUGAGAGCAUGCGACUUCGUGUCGUCGCCUCACGUCGACCACUAUCGGAGCAACCCGGAGCUUUAUACCUCCCAGCUCACCAAUUUCCUGGAGGAUUGCGUCUUGGCCCGCUGCCAAGAGGAGGAGGAGGAGGAGGUCACCAACUAAAGAUGAUGAUGAUUGUGAUGUGCAUUACAAUAGAGAUAGGCAUACCAACUGUUAUUUUAUUUCUUCACUGGCGCACAAUUGAAAAGAGAAAGACGGUGCCAGGAGCGAGCAUACUAGAGAGAAGUACACACUGUUUUGUUUCAUCUGUUGACUUCAAAUCAAGUGUAAAAACGGUUGCAAAAAGAAAACAAAUCGUGGUUACUGACUCAUCUAUCUGUUAAUCACUUGUUCUACUAUAUGAUUAU